UCCAUGAAAACUCGCGCCAUUUCAAAGCCACAGACUCUCGUCAAACAACCACGAACUUCACGAUGGGUGAAGUCAGUGUUGAUGUGAAGGCCGACACAAAUGCAGCUGUUAAUGCUCCUGUACUCACUGGAAACAAUAUAACAGGAGCCGUGAACUUCUUCUACACCUCAAACACUGCAGAGCAGCAAAACUGUACAGAGACGUCAAAGAAAAACACACAGGAACAAGCACUGCAAGAGUUUUUGAGAAGUCAUAAGAUCAAUAUGAAGGAAGAUUCAGAAAGUAUUUUUGAGGGUAAGAAGGAAAAUGAAGCCGAUUUGAAGGAUAUUUACACAGAUCUGUUCAUCACAGAGGGAGAUAUGAAAGAAGUCAACCGUGAACGCGAGAUUCUGAAUAUUGAUGAUGCCUUCAGAAACACAACCAAGACAUCACAGGACAAACACAUCAAAUGCAAUGAGAUAUUUCAGUCACUGAAAACCAAGAAAAAGAAGAAGAAGAAGAUUAUUCUGACCAAAGGCGUCGCUGGAAUUGGUAAAACAGUCUCUGUGCAGAAGCUCAUUCUGGAUUGGGCCGAGGGAACAGAUACGGCCAAUCAGGACAUAGACGCCAUGUUUGUGUUUCCAUUCAGAGAGAUAAACCAGAUUAAAGACAAACACAUCAGUUUUCACGAGUUUCUGCUGGAAUUUUAUCCUGACAUGGAAAAACUGGAGAAAACAAGUGUAAUGAAGUUAACAGAAGGUAAUGUGGCGUUUAUCUUUGAUGGACUUGAUGAGAGUCGCUUGAGUUUGGAUUUUAAAUGCAGAAACCUGAGGAGUGUUGAGGAAAGAUCAUCUGUAGAUGAAAUGAUUAUAAAUCUGAUCAGAAGAGAUCUGCUUCCAUCAUCUCUCAUCUGGAUCACAUCAAGACCAGCUGCAGCCAAUCAGAUUCCUCCAGAGUUUGUAGGUUUGCUCACUGAGGUGAGAGGAUUCACAGACCAGCAGAAAGAAGAAUACUUCAUAAAGAGAUUCAAAGAUAAGAGUCAAGCUGAUGAAAUGAUCAGACAAAUCAAAAAAUCUCCUAGUCUCUACAUCAUGUGUCACAUCCCCGUUUUCUGUUGGAUCACAUAUACAGUACUUCAUGAUAUUCUCAUCCAGAACAAUGAAGGAAACAUUGACACGACACUCACUGAGAUGUACAUCCACUUUCUGCUGAUUCAGAUGAACAUGAAGAACCAGAAGUAUGAUGAGAAAAAUGAAGAAGACUACACAAAGCUCUUAGAAUCCAAUAAACCCAUCGUUCUGAAGUUGUCCAAGCUGGCGUUUGAGCAGCUGAAGAAAGAGAACAUCAUCUUCUAUGAGAAUGAUCUAAAGCAAUGUGAUAUUGAUAUGAGUGAAGAUUCAGAGUACACAGGAAUGAUCGCUGAGAUCUUUAAGAAAGAAUAUGGUCUUCACAAGAGAAAAGUCUUCAGCUUUAUUCAUCUGAGCGUUCAAGAGUUUCUGGCCGCGCUGCACGUCUUCAUCUGCUACAUGACCAACAACAAGAAGGACCUUGAGUUUUUCAACACAAGUGUACGAGCCAGAAAGAUUACUCUUAAUGUCAUUCUGAAGAAGGCCAUUGAUAAAGCCACAGAGAGUAAGAGAGGACAUCUGGAUCUGUUUUUACGCUUUCUGAUGGGCAUUUCACUGGAGUCUAGUCAGAAGCUUCUCGAAGGUCUGCUCACACGCACUGAAGACACCACAGACAGCAUCACAGACACAACCCAAUACAUUAAACGAUUACAGGACAAGAGGAUCUCAGAUGAAGCUUCAGUGAACCUGUUUUACUGUUUACUGGAGCUAAAGGAUAAGUCAUUAAACGAGAGAAUAGAGAAAUACUUACAUCCAGAUGAAUCAGAUUCAGUCAUAAAGCUCUCAGAUUCAAUGUGUACACUGAUGAUCUAUGUGCUGCUCAUGUCAGAGAAUGUGCUGGAUGAGUUCAACAUGAACAGAUAUGAUACAAGUGAUAAGAAGAGACUUGUUCCAGCUGUGAGAUGUUGCGGACGAGCGCUAUUGUCCGGGUGUGAUCUGACUGCUGAGUCCUGUGAAGUUGUGGCUUCAGCUUUUCAGUCCUCUGAGUGUCCUCUGAGUGAGCUGGACAUGAGUAACAAUGAUCUGAAGGAUUCAGGAGUGAAGCUGAUCUUUGAUGCUCUCAAGACUCACAACUGUCAACUACACACACUGAGAUUGGCGAGGUGUAAUCUGACUGAUGAGUGUUGUGUGAGUUUGUCUUCAUGUCUACAAUCAUCAAAGUCUCUAAUAGAGCUGGACCUGAGUAACAAUGAUCUGAAGGAUUCAGGAGUGAAGCUGAUCUCUGAUGCUCUCAAGACUCACAACUGUCAACUACACAUACUGAGAUUGUCCGGGUGUAAUCUGACUGAUGACUGUUGUGAGAGUUUGUCUUCAUGUCUACAAUCAUCAAACUCUCUGAGAGAGCUGGACCUGAGUAACAAUGAUCUGAAGGAUUCAGGAGUGAAGCUGAUCUCUGAUGCUCUCAAGACUCACAACUGUCAACUACACACACUGAGGUUAUCAGGUUGUAUGGUGACAGUUGAAGGUUGUUGUUAUUUGGCUACAGCUCUGAGUUCAAACCCGUCACACCUGAGAGAGCUGGAUCUGAGCUACAAUCACCCACAACACUCAGCACGUCAGCUGCUCUCUGAUAGACUCAAUGAUCCAAACUACACACUCAACAAACUCAAUGUGGAUCAUGAAGGAGAGAGAAGAAUUACAGCAGGACCACGCAAGUGGGUCUGUGAUCUCACACUGGAUCCAAACACAGCAAACACUAAACUCAUACUGUCUGAAGAGAACACAAAGAUCACAUGUGUGAGAGAGCGUCAGUCGUAUCCUGAUCAUCCAGACAGAUUUGAUCGUCCUCAGGUUUUGUGUAGAGAGAGUCUGACUGGACGCUGUUACUGGGAGACUGACUGGAGCGGAUCAUGUUCUAUAUCAGUGUCAUAUGAAAGCAUCAACAGGAAAGGAAGGAGUCACGACAGUUUGUUUGGAUACAAUGUAAAAUCGUGGAGUCUGGAGUGCUCUGAUAACAGAAUCACUGCUUUGCACAAUAAGAAUAAAACAGACAUUCGUGUCUCUUCAGGUGUGUGUAAGAGAGUAGGAGUGUAUGUGGACUGUUCAGCCGGCACUCUGUCCUUCUACAGCGUCUCUGACACACACACACUCACACACUUACACACAUUCAACACAACAUUCACUGAGCCUCUCUAUGCUGGAUUUAGAGUGUAUGGUUCUAACUCCUCAGUGUCUGUGUGACAUAAACAGCCUCUCUACAGAGCCUCCUGUUAAAAAGAAGAGAGAUACACACACAACCAGGAAAUGAUGAUCCCUCUCUCAAAGAUGCUGUGAAAGCCCUCAGCAUAAAAGAUGAAGGAACAUGUGAAGAGCCCGUGCAGUUGACCCGAUUUCAUGCUAAAAUUGUCCACCCAUCAUUCUCUUUAAUAACAUCAAUUAU